CGAGAAGAUCCGGUGUUGAGUGCGAAAGUGAAACCGAUUCCAGAGGAGAUGAGCCUGCCGCUGCUGCUGCUGAUAGUGGGCAUUGCCUGCGCAAAUGCGGCUGCCAACUUUGACCUCGAGGCCAAGACGUUUGUGAAUCAGUCGAGUGAUCGCUACUACAGGUUGUACAACGAGAUUGCCGGCGAGACGUACACUGCAAACAACGAGGAAGACUUCGAUGCCCUGUUCAACAAGCUGAACAAUGUGAAGCGCAUUGCCGAGGAGCUGGUGAGCAUCUCCCGCCAGGCGGCCGGAUUUGAUCUGGACAGGAUUCGCAAUCCGGAGACAAAGGUUGCCCUGCAGGAGCUGCGCAGUGCGGGUGAUUUGUUUGUCCUGGGCGACGACUACUUCUCCUCCGUGCAGAUGAACCUGGCCGCCCUGCAAACGCUCUCCACGGACAAGGACAUCGAGCCGUAUCUGGGCGGAGCCAAUAUGCCCAACGAGGACGACAGUCCGCUGGCCUACUUCCCGGACAUCCAGAAGAUCGUGCAGACCAGCCGGGAUGCCGACGAGCUGAAGUACUACUGGGAGGCGUGGCGCGAGAAGAACCAACUGUGGGCCUCGCUCAACUUCUACACCAUCGUGCAGUCCUAUCAGCGGGCGGCCAAGAUCCUGGACGUGCCGGUGCACAAGCUGUGGUACCGCUACGACAGCCAGGAGAUGCUCCAGCAGAUGGAGCAGGUGAUGCUGGAACUGCGCCCGGCCUACCAGCAACUGCACGCCUUCGUCCGCCAGGAGCUGCACAAGAAGUACGGCGGCGAGGUGGUGAAUCCCAAUGGACCCAUACCCGAUCACCUGCUUCAGCAGGUCCUGGAGCAGGCCUGGGCAGGUGGCAGCAUCCUGGAGCAGUACUACCCGCGUGCCCAGUUGCCGGAGUUCGAUGAGUUCGUCAAGGACCUGAGUGCCAAGGCAAUGGUCAACGAAUCGGAAGCCUUCUACACCUCUUUGGGCUUUGAGCCACUGUCCGCGGAGUUCCACAAGAACCAGCUGAAGGAGCCCAACCAGGACAGUCCCAACGACGACUGCCGACCCUCCAUCUUCGACAUGACCCCACAUGUAUACCUCAUGUACUGCGAGAAGGUCAGCUUCCGGAAACUUAUGCAGUACCACAGCCACAUGGCCAGGGUGUACUACGCCCAGCAGAAGAGGCACCUGCCCUCGUACUACUUCAAGGCCUACAACCUGGAGUUCGCCGUGGGCGAGGCCGUGGUCCUCUCCGCCUCCGCUCCCGCCCACCUCACUGGCCGCCGCCUGGCCACCACCACCCUCGACGAGACGGCCCUCAUGAGUCGGCUCUUCCGCAUGUCCAUUCACACGAUUCUGAGCAUUCCAUUGUACUACGUGCACACCAAGGUGAUGCACGACCUUCUGAACAACACCGUGGACAUGGACACCGUGAACAAGCACUACUGGCGACUGAUGGAGCAGCAUGCCGGAAUUGAACCGCCCUCGGAUCGGGCAGAAGGUGCCAUUGACUUUCCCUACAAAUUCUACGUCAACAUUGACCAGAGCUUCCAGACUCAAAAAUUCAUUUCCGAGAUUCUGGGCUAUCAGAUCUAUCGCGAGUUCUGCAAGAAGAGUUACAGCAGUGGACCGCUGCACAACUGCGAUUUCUAUGGCAGUCUGGCCGUUGGCAACGACUUAAAAUCCAUGAUGUCUUUGGGUUCUACCAAGCCCUGGAAAGAAGUGAUUGCCAAAAUACUGCCCAGUAACACUGGACUGAGUAGCUUGGCUCUGCUGGAGUACUAUCAGCCCGUUCUGGAUUGGCUCAAAAAAUAUAAUAAGGACGCUAGUUCCAAAAUUGGCUGGACUUCAACCAAGAAAAAAAUCGUUUGAGGACUUUAAAGAGCAGCUUUCUAUGAGGCCAAAUUAGUUUGCUCACAAAUAUUAAUAAAAUAUCUUUUUUGAUUUUACCUUCAUUUUUCAAAUAUCUAUUUGAAUUGGUAACUGUUAAAAUAAAAACGUUUUACAACACUGC